UCUUUCCAGAUCGAGACCGGCAAGAUGGCAGCGGACACGCAGGUUUCUGAUACACUAAAGAAAUUUGCUGUGAAAGUGACAACAUCAAGUGUGAAAGAGCGAAAAGAGAUUGUGGAAGAACUGAAGCAAUGCAUAAGUGGAAAAGAAUUACCGGAGCCAGCCAUCAAAGGCCUGUGCAAACUCUUCUGCCUCACUCUCCACAGAUACAGGGAUGCUGCCUCUCGACGAGUCAUGUUCUCCAUCAUCGACCUGCUGGCCCAAGCUCAGCCGGAUACCAUAGCAACCAACCUCUCUAACUGCCUGCUCAGCAGUGGAGUCAUUAGCAAGAGCGGUAUGCCUGGUAAGAGCUCUGCGUCGGCAGCUACCACAGCUCUGGCCUGGACCUGCGUGCUGGUACGUGCCGUCUUCUCUUCCUCAGAGAAGAGAGAGGGCCCCAACUGGAAAAAACUGUUGGAGGUUCAGAGCCUGUUAUUGGCUGAAGUAGUGGGAGGAGCUUCCCGUAAUGCCCUCAAAUCUGCACUGAAGAGUCUCACCCAAAUUUGGAAGGAGAAUCCGGGCCUGGCCGAUCAGUACAUGAGCACUCUGUUGAGUCUGGAUCAGAACCCUUCCUCUCUGGUCCUGCUUGGCGUGUGUGUGGACUUUUGCACAGCCCAGAAAGACAUUGGCACCAUCGACAAGCACAAGACGGCACUUUUGGAUCUCUAUAUGAAGACAGUUCUGAUGAGCAAGACCAGGCCACACUCGCACAUCCUGGAAAAAAGUGGCUCUGUGCUGAGGCAUGUCUCCCACUCAGAGUUUAAGGAGCAGCUCCUCCCAACCCUACAGAAAGCCAUGCUACGAAGUCCAGAGAACUCCAUGCAAACCAUCUCGUGUCUUUUGGCCUCUCUCACUCUGGACCUCAGCCAGUAUGCCAUGGACAUUGGGAAGGGCAUUGCCAGUCAGCUGAAGGCCAAUAACUCAGAGCUGAUGGAGCAGGCGGUCCAAGCCUUACAGAACUUGGCUCAGCAGUGCAGUGAUGCCACCGCUGUCCAGGACCUCGUCACACACCUCUUCGGCAUCCUGGGAGGCUCAGAGGGGAAACUUACUGUGGUGGCCCAGAAGAUAAGUGUCCUCUCAGGAAUCGGGAGUUGUAGUCACCACGCGGUCUCUGGCUCCUCUAACCAGACUCUCAGCUCUAGCAUGGCCCUACUUUUCAUUCCAUUCCUUCAACAAGAAGUUCACGAGGGCACUCUGGUGCACGCGGUCUCAGUGCUGUCUCAUUGGACGGGGCGUUUGAGUGUGGAGGUGCCAGCCGCUCUGAUAGACUGGUUUAAAAAGGCCUUCACCCUGAAGACUUCCACUUCGGCCGUUCGGCACGCGUACCUCCAGGCCAUGCUGGGGGCCUUCAAAGGUGACACACUAAGCCAGGCUGUCGAUCUCGUCCCCCUCCUCAUUCAGACGGUUGAGAAAGCAGCAGCUCAGAGCUCCCAGCAGGCUUUGCUGGCCGAGGGCGUGGCCGCGUCGGUCCUGCUGUGUCGGCUUUCCCUGCUGGAGACUCAAACUGAGGCCAAAUUAGCCCCCUUUUGGAAUCUAAUCUUGGACGAGAAGAAACCUCUCUUCACCACGGAGAAAUUUCUCUCCCAGGCCAACGAGGAAGCUCUGAGUACAGUAUUGCAGCUGUGUGAGAGACUGUUCCUGGAUCAGCCGCACCGACUCAGCAACAACAACAAGUCCCAGAUGUACCACCAGGCCACAGUGGCAGUGUUGCUCUGUCGUGUGUGGCGCGUGCGGAAGCGUGCCCACCAGGCGGUGAAGAAACUGCUCUCCUCACUGGGCGGUUCCAGCCUGGCCCAUGGCCUUCUGGGGGAGCUACGUGUGGUUAUCAACAAACACAAGGUGAUAUCUCCAGAUCUUCUGCAGACAGAAACUGGGGAGUUGACAGAACUGGGACGUUCAUACACUCCUCCGCGGAUCUUUCUGGAAGCUCUGAGUGUGAUCUGUGCGGUGGCAGGCCAGUGGAAUGACACAGCCGAAGCUGAAAAACUGGCCCUGGACCUCAUCAUUGUCACCCACCACCCCUCUAUAGUUUCAGUCCGGUCUGACUUGUGGCCACAUUUGUUGUCCAGCAUGAAGAUCGACGCUGUCGAGUUUCUUGACAAACACUUGGAGACGGUCCUGCCCCGCCUGCUGGAGGCCAACACCGACAAUCAGGCUGUGAGGAAUGCAGUAGGUGCCCUGUCUGUUCUUUCACCUGGAAAGCUCCUCCCACGGGUGAUGAGUCACGUGACAGAGCUGCUGUCCAAUCCGGCGCUGCGACAGGUGACGCGUGACGAGUAUGCCAUUAUGCUCACACCAGAGGGAGAGCUGUAUGACAAGAGCAUCAUCCAGAGUGCGCAGAAGGAGAGCAGCAAGAAAGGUAACCUGAAGCGAGAAAACAAGGCCUACUCCUUCAAAGAGCAGAUCAUCGAACUGGAGCUGCAGGAGGAGAUCAAGAAGAAGAAAGGAAUCAAAGAGGAGGUGCAGCUGACCAGCAAACAGAAGGAGAUGAUGCAGAACCAGUUGGAGAAAGAGGCCGGCAUCCGCAAGAGAAUGCAGGGGUUGGACAUGGAGCUGCAGUGUGCCGUGGGUUUGUUGGAGGCAGUGUUGGCGAGUAAGCCCCCUCAGAUCUCCUGGCAUCUGCCGGGUGUCCUUCAGGUCUUGCUGCCCCUGCUGCAGUCUCCGCUGGCUGCCCCCUCCCUCAGACACUGCUUCCUGGACAUGGGUCUCUGUCUGCUUCCCAAAGAGCUCUGUCAUCUCGCCGUCUUGGUGGGUCAGGUGACCUUGCGACUUUUGAAACCAGAGUGUGAUCUGGACCAAGCCUGGGCUCAGGAGGACCUGAACACAGCCACUCAACGCACGGUCCUGCUGCUGUACACACACACAGUCCCACAGAGAGAGGGCAAAGCCGAGGCCCAGCCGAUGGCCGCCCCGGCUUUCUCUUUCUGUUUCCCUCUGCUGCAAGCGGUGCUGAGUCAGAACAGCGGAACCUCCGAGGAGACGGAGACCGUGAUGACCCGAGCGCUACAGGUCAUCAACCAACACGCUCAGCUCCGCGGGCAAACAAACACCGACGACACGGUCAUCGACGAGAAUGGUCCCGAGCUGCUCCCCAGGGUCGGGAUGCUGAUGCUCCUCACAAAAGUCAUCGGCACAUCCACACCACGCCUCCAGGUGUUGGCCUCUGGUUGUCUGACGGCGCUGUGUGCCAGCGCCGGGGGCGACGAGGGCUGUGCGCUGGCGGAGCAGCCUGAGAUAGACGUGCUCCUGGAGGCCCUGCUCUCUCCCUGCUUCUCCGUCAGAGACGCCGCCCUCAGGGGUCUUUUGGAGAUGGAGUUGGCUUUGCCCACAGACAGUGCUGAUCCGAACGGCAUGAGUUUGCUGCGCAGGCUUUGGGUGGCCAAAUUUGACGUGGAAGAGGAGGGCAGAGAACUCGCUGAGAAACUGUCGCAGGCCCUGUGUUUGGAGUUGGUUCCUGAGCUUUGUCCUCUGUUGAUUGCUGACGUGACCCAUCACGAGGAGGUGGUGCGGACUGCUGGAGCUGAGGCCCUGUCCAGCGCCGUGAGCCAGUACCGUGACCAGGCUCCCAGUGUACUCGCCCAACUCACCGAACUCUACCACCAAAAACUCUACAGACCUCCCCCUGUUCUGGACGCUUUGGGCCGGGUCAUCUCUGAGGCGCCUCCUGACCAAUGGGAAGCCAGGUGUGGUAUCGCCCUGGCUCUCAAUAAGCUGGCUCAGUACUUGGAUGAGACCCAGGUCACUCCUCUGUUCCUCUUCUUCGUCCCUGACGCUCUGAACGAUCGCCACGUGGAGGUCAGGCGCUGUAUGCUGGACGCCGCUCUGUCUGCCCUCAACACUCACGGCAAGGACAACGUGAGCUCCCUGCUCCCCGUGUUUGAGGAGUUCCUUAAGAACGCUCCCCAGGAUGCCAGUUAUGACUCGGUCAGACAGAGCGUGGUCAUUCUCAUGGGCUCCCUGGCCAAACAUCUGGACAAGAGCGACCCCAAAGUCAAGCCCAUCGUAGCCAAGCUCAUCACUGCCCUGUCCACACCUUCACAACAGGUUCAGGAGUCCGUCGCCAGCUGCCUGCCCCCUCUGGUGCCAGCCAUAAAGGAGGACGCCGGGGGCAUGGUGCGGAAGCUCCUGCAGCUGCUCCUGGAGAGCGACAAGUACGCCGAGAGAAAGGGCGCGGCCUACGGCCUGGCCGGCCUGGUCAAGGGCCUGGGCAUCCUGUCCCUCAAACAGCAGGAGAUCAUGACCACCCUGACGGACGCCAUCCAAGACAAAAAGAACUUCAGACGCAGAGAAGGAGCCCUGUUUGCGUUUGAGAUGUUGUGCAACAUGCUCGGGAAACUCUUUGAGCCGUAUGUGGUUCACGUGCUCCCCCACCUCCUCCUGUGUUUCGGAGACGGCAACCAGUACGUCAGAGAGGCUGCGGAUGACUGUGCCAAGGCGGUCAUGAGGAACCUCAGCGCCCACGGGGUGAAGCUGGUGCUGCCCUCUCUCCUGGUGGCGCUGGAGGAGGAAUCCUGGAGGACCAAAGCAGGCUCCGUGGAGUUGCUGGGUGCUAUGGCUUACUGUGCUCCAAAGCAGUUGUCCUCCUGUCUGCCCAGCAUUGUGCCCAAACUGACGGAGGUUCUGACCGACUCCCACGUGAAAGUCCAGAAGGCUGGCCAGCAGGCCCUCCGACAGAUCGGCUCCGUCAUUCGCAACCCCGAGAUCCUGGCUAUCACGCCAAUCCUGUUGGACGCCCUCACUGACCCCUCCCAUAAGACACAGCACUGUCUGCAGACGCUGCUGGACACUAAGUUCGUCCACUUCAUCGACGCUCCGUCUCUGGCCCUGAUCAUGCCCGUCGUCCAGAGGGCUUUUCAGGACCGCUCCACCGACACCCGUAAAAUGGCCGCCCAGAUCAUCGGGAACAUGUACUCCCUCACCGACCAGAAGGAUCUGUCUCCAUACCUGCCAAGUGUGAUUCCUGGACUCAAAGCAUCGCUGCUGGACCCUGUACCUGAGGUGCGCACAGUCUCUGCCAAAGCGCUGGGUGCUAUGGUGAAGGGUAUGGGUGAAUCCUGCUUUGAGGACUUGCUGCCCUGGCUCAUGGAAACUCUUGCAUCCGAGCAAAGCUCCGUGGACAGAUCUGGGGCUGCCCAAGGUCUGGCUGAGGUGAUGGCUGGUCUAGGUGUGGAGAAACUGGAUAAACUGAUGCCGGAUGUGGUGCAGACGGCCAGUAAAGUGGACAUUGCCUCUCACGUCAGAGACGGUUACAUCAUGAUGUUCAUCUACCUCCCUCUCACCUUCGGGGACAAGUUCACCCCUUACGUGGGCCCCAUCAUUCCCUGCAUCCUCAAGGCGCUGGCUGAUGAGAAUGAGUAUGUAAGGGACACGGCUCUGCGUGCCGGUCAGAGGAUCAUCAGCAUGUACGCUGAGACGGCCAUCGCUCUGCUGCUGCCCGAGCUGGAACAGGGCCUGUUCGACGACCUGUGGAGAAUCAGGUUCAGCUCCGUACAGCUGCUAGGAGACCUGCUCUUCCAUAUCUCAGGCGUGUCAGGAAAAAUGACCACGGAGACAGCCUCUGAAGACGACAACUUUGGCACAGCACAGUCCAAUAAGGCCAUCAUCAGCGCUCUCGGCGCAGAGCGUCGUAACCGUGUCCUCUCCGGCCUCUACAUGGGCCGAUCAGACACGCAGCUGGUGGUGAGACAGGCCUCGCUACACGUGUGGAAGAUCGUGGUGUCCAACACUCCUCGAACGCUCCGCGAAAUCCUCCCCACGCUCUUCACCCUACUGCUGGGUUUCCUCGCCUCCACCUGCAGCGACAAGAGAACGAUCGCUGCCCGGACGCUGGGAGACCUAGUGCGAAAGCUGGGGGAGAAGAUUCUUCCGGAAAUUAUCCCCAUCCUGGAAGAGGGAUUGCGCUCAGACAAGAGUGAUGAGAGACAGGGAGUGUGUAUUGGACUCAGCGAGAUCAUGAAGUCCACCAGCAAGGACGCUGUCCUGGUGUUCUCGGAGUCCCUGGUUCCCACGGUGAGGAAGGCUCUUUGCGACCCCCUGGAGGAGGUCAGGGAGGCGGCGGCCAAAACCUUCGAGCAGCUCCACGCCACCAUUGGCCACCAGGCCCUGGAUGACAUCCUGCCCGCUCUGCUUAAACAACUGGAGGAUGAGGACACGGCUGAGUUCGCUCUGGACGGUCUGAAACAGGUCAUGGCUGUGAAGAGCCGUUCGGUGCUGCCUUACCUGGUGCCCAAGCUGACGGCCCCUCCAGUGAACACGCGUGUUUUGGCAUUCCUGUCAGCGGUUGCUGGCGAUGCUUUGACAAGGCACUUGGGAGUGAUUCUACCUGCCCUGCUCUCCUCUCUUAAAGACAAACUGGGCACAGAGGAGGGACAGCAGGAACUCAGUAAUUGUCAGACAGUCAUUUUGUCAGUGGAGGACGAGACUGGACAGCGUAUCAUUAUCGAGGACCUGUUGGAGGCGACUCGUGGUUCGGACGCCCAGCUGAGGGAGGCCUCCGUCACCAUGCUCAACGCCUACUUCGCCCGAACGCGACUCGAUUACAGCGCCCACAACCGCGUUCUGCUCUCCGGCCUCAUCCGUCUGCUUAAUGACCCCAACCCUGAAGUACUCAACCAGAGCUGGGACACCAUCAGCUCCAUCACCAAGAAACUGGAUGGUGGCAGUCAGCUGGCGUUGAUUGACGACCUCCACAGGGACAUUCGCGCAGCUGCCGCUGAGGUCAAGGGUCAGCACCUUCCAGGCUUCUGUCUGCCCAAGAAGGGAGUGACUUGUAUUCUUCCGGUGUUGAGGGAAGGUGUGUUGAACGGUAGCCCGGAGCAGAAGGAAGAAGCCGCGCGGGCCUUGGGCGCCGUCAUCAAACUGACCUCCGCAGACGCCCUCCGACCCUCCGUGGUCCACAUCACGGGGCCGCUUAUCCGUAUCCUCGGCGACCGUUUCGCCUGGACCGUUAAGACCGCUCUGCUUGAGACUCUGACCCUGCUGCUGGCAAAGGUGGGCAUUGCUCUGAAGCCGUUCCUGCCGCAGCUGCAGACCACCUUCCUGAAGGCGCUGCAGGAUUCCAGUCGAGCGGUGAGGCUACGCGCGGCCGAGGCCCUGGGCCAGCUGGUAUCCAUCCACACUAAAGUAGAUCCUCUGUUUACCGAGCAGCUCUCCGCCAUACGCAACGCCGAGGACUCUGGCAUCAGGGAAACCAUGCUACAGGCUCUGAGGUUCGUCAUUCAGGGAGCGGGGUCAAAAGUGGACCCAGCAAUUAAGAAAAACAUCACCACCACACUGCUGGGCAUGUUGGGACACGACGAGGAUGCCACACGCAUGGCCUCUGCAGGUUGUGUCGGUGUGCUGUGCGCCUUCCUGUCGGAAGAUGAGUUGAGGAGUGUUCUGCUUCAGCACGUCCUGGCGGACAUAUCUGGGGUGGACUGGAUGGUGCGUCAUGGUCGUAGCCUGGCUUUGGCUAUAGCGGUCAAGUCGGCUCCAGAGCAGCUGUGCGCGGAGGAGUACAGUUCAGCUGUACUAGAUGCUAUCCUAGCCAGCGCCACUGCAGACAGAAUUCCAAUAGCGUGCAGUGGAAUCAGAUCCAUGGGCUAUCUAAUGAAACAUCAGCUCAGAACAGGAGGGGGAGAAGCCGUAUCAUCCCGGAUCAUCACACAGUUUGUCAAGUGUUUGCAGAACCAGUCGAGUGACAUCAGGCUGGUGGCAGAGCGUGUGUUAUGGUGGGUGUGGAACGAGCAGGACACGCCCACUAUGGAGCCCAAUGUGGUCAAGCCGCUCAUUAAAGCCCUGCUGGAUAACACCAAGGACAAGAACACCAGUGUCAGAGCCCAGAGCGAACACACCAUCGUCAGCCUGCUCAGACUCCGACAGGGAGAGGAGGUGAUGCAGAGCAUCACAGCCAUCCUGGACUCUGCAAGUAACGAGCUGCUAACAGAAUGUUAUCGCAGAUCCCUGAAGAAGAUCUCCGGCCAGCCCGAUUCCAACGAAGAGAUCGACGAUACCAUCCUCACGUGAUCGACCAGAUCACCUCCGGAGGGAUCCAAGUCAACUCACGUUCUCAAAGAACGGUUUAUUCUCUGAUUAAAUAAAAAAAAAAACGAAAAAAAAAAAAACGUGCAUUUGGCAAGUCAUCAGCAUACCAGUAAAAAGAAGAUAUUCACACACAAGUUCACACACACACACACACAAAAGUUCACACGCGCGCGCACACGCCCUCCCCAGUGCUAGGUUACUGGUCCAUAACUCACAUAAAGAAGUGUCAUGGAGCAUAUUUAAAAGCUAGCAAUGAGGUUGGUGGGUUUUUUCUGUGUUAAAGUGCUGUUAUCCUUCAAUUGGUCAUUAAUGAUCAUUUAGUUUCCUUUAAAACAUUUGAUUUGUUUUAUCUUGCACAAUGCGUUUCUGAGCAGAAGGCAUCUUAAGUAAAGAGCGAGAAAUUUGUGCCAGUGGUGGAAAGACACUGUAAUCUGCUUCACCAUGUUACUGUCACCGGUGUUUCAUCCCUUUGCUUUUUUUUUUUUGUUUUUUUUUUUGUGCUGUAGCAAUCUCCUUUUCUUUAGUGUGUGUGAAAUGUGUGUGGAAAACAACCCUUAGAAUGUCAUUGAAUCUCAAAUCAGUGAUAGAUCCCUUAAAAAUGGGUGUACAAAGAAAACACAAA